CCUCAAAACAUUGAUGUUGAGAAGUAAUCGCAUCAGCUGUGUGGGGAAUGACAGCUUCAUAGGGCUGAGUUCUGUGCGGCUGCUUUCCUUAUAUGAUAAUCAAAUUACUACGAUUGCACCAGGGGCCUUUGACACUCUCCAUUCCUUAUCUACUCUAAACCUCUUGGCCAAUCCUUUCAACUGUAACUGCUACCUGGCUUGGUUGGGAGAAUGGCUCCGGAAGAAAAGAAUUGUAACGGGCAACCCUCGCUGUCAGAAACCCUACUUCCUCAAGGAGAUCCCCAUCCAGGAUGUGGCCAUUCAAGACUUCACCUGCGAUGAUGGAAAUGAUGACAAUAGCUGUUCCCCACUGUCCCGCUGUCCCGCGGAGUGCACCUGCUUGGACACAGUGGUCCGAUGUAGCAACAAGGGCUUGAAGGGUUUGCCCAAAGGAAUCCCAAGAGAUGUCACUGAAUUAGACUUAAGUAACAACCGAAUAAGCACCCUUUCUAACCAGAGCUUCAGCAACAUGACCCAGCUCCUCACCUUGAUUCUUAGUUAUAACCGUCUGAGAUGUAUCCCUCCGCGAACCUUCGAUGGAUUGAAGUCUCUUCGAUUACUUUCUUUACAUGGAAAUGACAUUUCUGUUGUGCCUGAAGGUGCUUUCAACGAUCUUUCUGCAUUAUCACACCU